CACGGAACAAAACAAUUGCAAAACUAUUGACAAUCUGCAAUUUAUAUAAAAGAGUUGUAAAAGUAUUGGUAUGGGUUUAUUUUGUUAAGUUUAGCUUUAUUUUAUGGUAUCAUGCUCGGUUUGGAUUACUUAGUACAUAGCAAAUGUUAUUUUUCAAUUUUUUAUGCUUGUUUUACCUGAUGGUGCUUGUUGAAAACCACACAAUAUCUAAAAGUAUCGCAAAGGAUGAUGAAAUUAUCAAUGUAAUCGACAGUAUUCAUGAUUUAGAAAACGAUAAAGAACACGAUGUUAAACAGAAUCGAUUUCACAUUAGGAAUGGAUACCAGGAGGACAUCAACUUCCACAAGUCAUGGACACCCAAGUACACCAAGUUAGAUUCAUCCCUCUUGUCUUCCGAUAACAUUAAUGUAACUAGAUAUGUGCAAGUAACAGGUAAGAGCAAUGAACCUCUAGUAACUAAAUCGCAACGAAAAGGCUUCUUCGAAAGACUAAUAGACAGACUAAAGGGGAAGAAGAAGAAGCAAUUCAUCUCCAACGAUAUGAUGGCGAGAAUUCGGAUACAGAGCACAGCUCCGAGGGCCCAGAAGCACCCGGUGAAAGCUGACAAGAGAGAUAACAUUACCAAGGACAACGACAAAGGUUACUUGCUGCUCAAACAACGGAGCAGAAGAAAGAAACGAAGCAAGUUGGACAAACGACAAGGUGAUUUUGAUAAGAAGACGGUGCGGAAAGUUAUAAACUACGACAGCUCUAAUAGAAGUUGGGCAAAUACCGUAAGCAGUGAUGAAUCGCCAAUAACUACUGAUAAAUUAAAAAAAGGCAAAAGACAUUUAUCCAUAAACGAUAACUACACCUGGAGAAAUAACUUCCCAUUUACGACGAUGAAGCCGAGCCAACAGACCUUCACGGAGGGCAAUGAUUUAUCUUUGACAGAAUUGACCACUAAAUUAGAUCAUCUAAAAGAAAUAUACAACAUGAAGACUGAUCCUUACACAAGUUUAAUGUCCGUUAUGAUGAAUCCCAACGGGCCGUACAAUUUCAAUAAAUUCACAACACCACUGUCCGAGGACAUGGACAAAUACAUGGUGGAAACUUCCGAGAUCGAAGCGAUAUUGAACAACAUCAAAAUGAACGCAAUCGAAACUAUUACUAAAGGAUUCAUCACCGAGCUCGGGAUGAUUCCGUUCUCUUACAGGAGUACUAAAUCUGCGACAUUUAAAAAUAAUAUGAAACGUAAUUUAAACACAAGUCGCAACAUAUCAAACUAUGUUAAUGUGGACGAACUGAAGAAAACGUUAACAAAGGUAAAAAGUCAAUUAUGUAAAGAAAUUAAAGUUAGUGAGAGCGUUAUAAGAAACGAAACUAAAUAUUGGUACGAUAAACUACGAGGCUGCGCGAACAGCGCGAACAGCGCCCACAGCGUCGCUCCCUCUGAUAACACUAGUAAUAGAAGUGUAUUUAUCGAUUACGAUAUAUCUAGAAACUCCCCAAUGCGUUACAAAAAGUUCUCAGCGAUAAACUAUACCGGAAGUAUUCGUGACAUAAACGACACCUCAGCGCAGCCUCCCGAUGACGAUGAUUACGACCUGAUUACUAAGUCUGAGUUACUAUUAAAAGAUUUUUAUCAAGAACGUCCUAUAUCUUUACACUCUAAAACUAAGAGCGGUGAUCGAAACUCCGAGCUCAAAACUAAUUCCAGUAGAAAUGAAAUAGUUUUAACUAACUUGCAGAGAAAGACGUCGGAGGACGCGGCGAGCUAUGGCGUGGCGGCGGACACCAAGCAGCACGAGCAGUACGAGACCGAGGUGGACAAUGAUAAGCCUCUUGAAAAUAUCGAAAUCAACACACAACCGACAAAUCCUAUGACGACCGACUUUAAAGAUUUAGCUGAAAAAUUAUACUACAACGAUUAUGUGAACGGCUACAAACAUUACUUGAAAUUUCAACAGGAGCAAGGCGUGCAAAACUACUCGAAUUUAGUUCGUUAUCAGGCGCACAGACACCACAGCGUCGAUGACAUCGGCAAGUUUAUACUGAACAAACUGCCGACGGUGCCCAAGCGGUACAAGAGGGCGUUCUAUGAUGCCGCUGAGACUACCGAGGACCAAGACAUAUCGACCAAGAGCGAGGAAUCUUGGUUCAAGAAACAUUUUUAUGUCUUUAUCGAUUCUGGUCAGCCCAAAAAGUACCAUUCAUCGCAGACUGUGUCGCUGAGACCCAUGAUUACAGAAAACAAUAAAAGCAACAACAAAUUUGACUCGUCCAGAUGUAGCGCCACUAUUAUGAGCGAUAACGACAAUCUGAUAGCCACCACCGACCAGCAGAGGCAGAGCGAGGACGCAGACUUAGACCAGCUGGCGAACGUUUUAAAAAUGUACAAAACUCAAACAACAUCAGCAUUGGAGAAAGUUUUAAAGCACGGUAAUACGACAGUGAAAGAGAGCGCCACUGCCUCCGACGUUAUGUUAUUCGACACCACCUUGUUGGCUUACGAUGACAGCUUGAACAUAUUAAAAGAAGUUCGAGAAGAAACUACAGCAAAGACUUCACAUCAUGCAUUAUCUCCUGUGAACAUACUAACAAAACUACACAAGGUCCCCGAGCAACAUUUCUCUACGCCUCUGCCGAUGAGGAAUGAAGAUUUUGAAAAUUUCCUACGUGAUAACAACAUCGACGUAAAGUCAGUCACCUCUCCUGUUUACUUUCCUUCGCCCGACAGUUUCAAGUCUGAUCUGCAAGCGAAAGGUUCAGUUGUCGCGUUAGAUCCCAUUCUGUACAACCAGACAACAGAAAGCGUUCAUGUGCUGGACCCAAAGAACGCAACCCAUGCCACGAACCAAAGUACCACUGCAACGCCUAAGAGAAAACUGGAGCUGUCUAAAACGUUCUCAGAAGUGUUACCGAUAAAUAAAAUGGACGACGGUCGUCCUAGAGCAACAACAGACAAAUACAAGCUGUCCUACUCUCCCUUAGUGCACAACAACUUGUUGUAUCAUUCCAAAUCCGAUAAAAAACAAGAAGUACUAGGCAAAGAAAAAAAUACAGCUGGCGACGCGUAUAAACCAAGCAAAGGAAAUAGCGACUUCAUUGAUCAUUCAGAUUCAAAGCAGAGUAAAAAUUACUUUGAUUACGAUCUGUACACGAAUGCAAAGAAAAUGGAUGUAACAACAAAAACAUCGAAAUAUGACUUUAUAUUGGAUGACAUCGCUUCUAAUAAAAUAAAGGAUAAAAGAAACGGCAAACAUGAUAUCUCGUCACAGCGAUUAAAAGUAUUUGGAAACUCUGGUUUUUAUUCCAAGAAUAUACAAGAAUUUAUAAGAGACAGAGAUGUGCUUCGGCGACCAAAAAGACGACGUAAACGUAAGAGGCGUCAGAUGACAAUCGACCAAGACAGUGGAGUUGCCGAACCGCGCUCCGCGAUGGAUUUGAUGUCAGGCGAUCGUAUCAGGAGGAUACCCAGUGCUGAUGCAGACCGCAACGAAGUAGCAGAUUCAAAAGCAUCACAAAAAACAACAAUGGAACCGAGGCGGGGCACCAUCAUAUACGAUCUGAAACAGCUGAGUCGACCGCGAGCUGUUGCUGUGAAACCACGCAGAGGUCCCUUCAAGAAAGGUACGUCUGUGUUCGCAAUGGAACAGAAUCAGAUCGAGGUGUCAAUCAACGAUUCUAUUCCAAUCAUUAUACCCUCGACUACUGUCAGAAGAUCGAUGACCACAACCACAGCAACUACAAAGCAUAGCGACAGUUCCACUAAAGUCGAGCCGCUCAACAACAACUACCACAGCGAAAACUACAUUAUGCAAGAGUCCGUAUGCAACGAAGCGUGGAGAUAA